UUUUUCAUACUCCUCAUCGUUUCUCUCGCAACUGAUCCUAACUUUAGUCCCCUUCAUUUUCUCUUCACAGUCCAGGAAGAAGAAAAAAAAAAAAAGAAAUCCUCUCUCGCUGAUCUCCCUACUUCUAUUUUUGAAUGGCUUCAAGGACCCUCUCGAAGGACAUCAUCACCCUCAAGGGCUCGGCGGCCAUUGUUAGCGAGUUCUUCGGUUACGCGGCAAACAGUAUUCUUUAUAAUCGGGGAGUGUAUCCGGAAGAGAGCUUUUCAAAAGUGAAGAAAUACGGGCUCUCGAUGCUUCUGACUCAAGAUGAGGGGGUCAAGUCUUUCAUUACUAGCCUCACCUCUCAGUUAUCAGAAUGGCUGGAGGCUGGAAAGUUGCAGAGGAUUGUUCUUGUGAUAAUGAGCAAGGCGACAUCCGAAGUUCUUGAGAGGUGGAAUUUCAAUAUAGAAACUGAUUCUGAAGUGGUCGCAAAGGGGGUCAGUAGGGAAAAGAGUGACAAGGAAAUCAUGAGGGAGAUACAAGCAAUCAUGCGCCAGAUUGCUUCUUGCAUCACUUACUUGCCUUGCCUUGAUGAACCUUGUGUCUUCGACGUGUUAGCCUAUACCGACAAAGAUGUUGCAGUCCCAUUUACCUGGAUUGAGAGUGAUGCCAAAUUGAUCCAGAAUCCGCAGAUGGUUAAGCUACAUUCAUUUGACACCAAGAUACACAAAGUUGGUACGCUGGUUUCGUAUAAGAAUGACGAGUGGGACGAGCAGUAGAAUAUUUUUUUGUGAGCUGAUAUCUUGUGAAUUGUUCAUUCACAUUGAGUGUGGAGGUGUGAUGAACAAAGAGUUUAUUUUGUUAGCAUUUUUUUUUUGAGUGAAAUGUUGUUGCAGUAUUUAGACUGAUCUUUAACUUAGUUGAGUGUUGAUGAGUUGUGUUGGAGAUUUUAUUAUUGCAUUUCUGGUCCAAAGAUUUA